AUGUUGUGCUCCAUUUGCGUCAACUUUAAUGUGCGAGCGCUACUAUUGAAGGCAGUAACCCAACCACCUAAAGGCUUCAACGAUCCCACCUCGCCCGAAACUCUUGAGAACCUUCGCCCGGCUAUUCCUUACUUUUUCAAACACCAUGCAAAUCUUCUUUCUCUGCGUGCAUCAGCAGCCACCGGCUGUGAGCUUUGCAGCUUCAUAUGGCAAUCGCACGUCGGAAGAUCACACCCGAAUGAUCUGACGGACGAUUUGUUGAGUCAAGGCACAAGCGCGCAGCAGAUAUUCCUCGGGACUGCGGCGUGGGAUGCAACUCUCCAUGGGCUACCGCAUGUUGCGGCCGUUCAGAACGGAGACGGCCAUACAAGCCACGUCUCCAAGCAAGGCCUGGUGCAAAUGCGCACUCUAGCCUCCUUUGAAGUCUGUGCGACGAGGGGCCGGGAACCAUCAGAUCACCAACAUUUACUUGCUCGGUCCAUAUAUAGCAACUCGGGAUCAGCUGAAUGCCUACAGUUGGCAGCCACACUACUCGGGAACUGCAUGAGUACCCAUGAUUCGUGCUCUUUACAAUAUCCUCAUUCAUCGGAGCUGCCCACGAGAAUCAUUGACACAGCAGGAAGCGACCCUAAACUCGUCGAUGGCGGCGGGCGGCGGGAUGUCUACGCGGCGCUGUCCUAUUGUUGGGGCGGUCACAGUGACUUUACACUCACAACAGCCACUGAACAAUCAUUCCGCGCAGGUCUACCCUUGAAUGACUUUCCGCCCACGCUACGCCAUGCUAUUCUUAUUGUGAAAGCGCUCGGCAUCCGGUAUAUUUGGAUCGAUGCAUUGUGCAUUAUACAAGACUCGGCGCAGGAUUGGGCUUCCGAGGCGAGUCGGAUGCGGCAUGUCUACACAGGCGCCGUCGUAACGAUUGCGGCGGCGUGCGCUUCCACAACUGGCGAGGGCAUCUUUCGGGAUAGGACGCAAGGAAAUUAUCCGCAGUGCUGGCUUGAUUGGACAAACGGAGCUACUCCUGCGCCAAAGGUGUUUUUGCGACCAGGAACGGAGCUAUGGGAUGAUAAAAUGCACCUUGGUGCACUGAACACCAGAGGCUGGGUUUUACAAGAGACCCUCCUGGCACCUCGCACACUAUGGUUCAGCCAUCAACAAAUAUGUUUCGAGUGUCCAAAGGGCAGUGUUGACGAAGGAGGGCGGUUUCUAAGAAUUGCAGACAUCUAUCGCAGCAAGGAGUACAUCCAGAAGUUGCGUCAACGGAUGUUUCCCCAAUGGAAGAGGCGACUGCUCCCUGCCCUUAAAAGACUUCAUGUCCCGCUGGCCAUUACAUUCCGGUGGCCUUCUAUAACGAACAUGCUCCAGGCUAGAGACAUGGAAACUCUGCGUUGGAGGGCCUUACCCUACACUCCAUUUACUCUACAAGGCGAAUUCAAGCCGCCAGCCCAGCCCACAGCGUAUUCGCAUUUUGACUUUUGGGGACAAAUUAUUCAAAACUAUUCUUCUCGAGCACUCACAAACCCUACUGAUGUACUUCCCGCAUUGUCGGGACUUGCGAGCGAAUUUCAACGAGCUACAGGUGAUACUUACGUCGCAGGUCUUUGGAAGAUGGACAUUAUACAGGGGCUCAGCUGGAAUAGAGGCGAGUUAAGAAAGAAGCGCUCUGAUGGUUACUUGGAAGAUCCCCCCUCGUUGCCGAAGCAGUACCUUGCUCCGUCGUGGAGUUGGGCCAGCAUUCUCGGACAAAAGGUCCUUUUUGAGGGUCAAACACAGUUUGAUCAUAUAAAACCCUUUGCAAAGCUGAUCGAUAUCAAGCUCGAAUUUGCCACGAGUGACCGUUUCGGUGCCUUGACCGGAGGGAGCAUAACUCUCGGAGCGCCAUUUCUCAUCCUGGAUUGCGAGAGCGUCGCAAAAGCACCAGGGCUACCCGGGGCAGCGAUUCUCUAUUCUCCAGUUGCUUCGAUGUCGGCUUUCACAUCAGACAAGUAUUAG